ACAUACGUUGAACACCAUCAAUCCAUAAAAUAUCGCGAGUAGAAUGAAACCAACCUACAAAACUUGUUAUCGCUGACAAAUUGUCCAAGUCAUCUGUUUGUAAAAUAAAUUUUUGUUUACGUCGUUCUUUCAUGCCUUCAGCUAAUUGAAGAUGGUGCAUACGAUUCAAAUUACUACAAUAUCAUGAAAUCCUAAACUGAAAAAUGAUUAGAAUAAUACAGAAGAUGAUAUCAAAUGAUAACAACUACAGCUAAUUCAACAAUAUGUCUAUGAAAACCCUGGUUGGUUUCACUUCCAUUUUUGUUACCAUAUAAGUAUUCAUAUAUACAUUUAAAUUAAGAAAUACAAGCCAAAAAUUGAUUAUACAAGAUGGAAAAUUCUUCAAAAUCAAGUGCCACCUCAAAUGGGGAUCAGGCAUACAAUGAGUAUUUUACACAACUCAAAGCCUGGGUUACACAGUUCAAAGAACAGGAGAAACAAGCAUUUAUCUUUGCUCAAUCAAUGAACAACUUUGGAAUGCCCACAGUACAAAAUGCUUCAAAUGUCACAUCAUUGGAGGUGUAUGAGUGCAAACUGGCACCACUAUGGAAAAGAUUCUGUGCUGAAGUUAUUGAUCAAGUUAUUCUUACCAUUAUUCAAUUCUAUAUCAUUAAUAUCUUACAUUAUGGAUUUGACAUAUCAUUUGUAGAUUAUCAGAAUUUCCUGCUCUUGACCAGUUUCAGUGCUGAGUUAGCUAUAGUAGAAUUCGCCUCGCGCAUUAUGCUGUUCUUUUAUGAAUCGUAUUUCCUGAGCGUGGAUUACGCCACGCCGGGUAAAAAGAUUCUCGGAUUGAAAGUCGUGCGAAUUGAGGUGAUAUUGGAAGUUCCCGGCCGAGAAACGAUUUAUGCAAUGCCAUGUCACAGGCUGGGGUGGUGGCACGCAUUCUUUCGUAGCAUAUUGAAAAACGUGGGUGUGUUGAUGUUCCCAAUAUGCUAUGGGUUUAUGUUGACUCGUUAUGGCCGGUCUGGAUAUGAUUAUAUCACGAAAACUCUCGUAAUUGAUACUGCGAGACAACCUAUGAGAUUGGUUACGCCUGAGGAGCGUGCUGCUACAUUUUUGGGCGGCGUGCGAUUUUAGAUCAUUUAAGUAUUUAUUCUAUCUAUGUUUAUGAUAUAGGUAUCUAUACAUAUUGCUAAAAUUAGAGAUAAUAUUUUAAUUGUUUAAAAGUUCUAUAUUAUAUCACUGUUGAAAGAUUUUGUUAACAAUGUGUAACAUAAUAUUUUCGGUUGUUUUUAAAUCCUAGAAUGUUACCAGGUUUUAUUAUGAAUAAAUGAGUCGAAGGUA